GACAGGGAGUUGCGCAGGAGAGAUGGAGGGACAGGCUUUUUGCUGUGAUCAGUGUUUUCAUCAGUAGCCUUGUUGUUAAGCCGCUGUGUCGUGGUGAUUGCAGAUAUUUUACCGAUCGUGCUCUUGCACUCUCUCUCUCUCGCUCUUGAAUUCUCUGCUUACUCGCACACAUACAUGCAAAUCUCAGUGUUGCGUACACACGCACGCACGCACACAGCUGCAUGCUGUGUGUUGCUAUCAGUGUGCUAGGCUGGCAAGAUGCUGAUGCUGCUGCUGCUGCUGCUGCUGCGGUGUGGCAUGUGUGUCAGAUGUGUAUGAGGUUGGGAUGCAUGUGUGUUAAUGCUCAUGCACACUUUGACACACUCACACUCUGACUUGAUGCCCGCCUGGUGCCUCUGACCAGGGGCCCCUCCAUGCCAUGGAAGAAUGCAAGCAAAUCAUGGCACGCCAGAAAUCUAACAGCCAGUCAGAUUCACACGAUGAUGAGGUUUCUCCCCCACCACCCAACCCGGUCGUCAAGGCCCGACGCCGCAGAGGAGGGGUCAGUGCCGAAGUGUACACCGAAGAGGACGCCGUCAGCUACGUGCGCAAGGUGAUCCCAAAGGACUACAAGACCAUGACCGCCUUGGCCAAAGCCAUCUCCAAGAAUGUGCUGUUCGCUCACUUGGAUGACAAUGAGAGAAGUGACAUAUUUGAUGCCAUGUUCCCGGUCACUCACAUUGCAGGAGAAACAGUCAUCCAGCAAGGUGAUGAAGGAGACAACUUCUACGUUAUUGACCAAGGUGAAGUGGACGUGUAUGUGAACGGCGAGUGGGUGACCAGUAUUGGAGAAGGGGGGAGUUUUGGAGAGCUGGCCCUGAUCUAUGGAACUCCCAGAGCUGCCACUGUCAAGGCCAAGACUGAUCUUAAACUGUGGGGUAUCGACCGAGACAGCUACCGGCGCAUCCUCAUGGGCAGCACACUGAGGAAGAGAAAGAUGUAUGAAGAGUUCCUAAGCAAGGUCUCCAUUCUUGAGUCCUUGGAUAAGUGGGAACGCUUGACUGUAGCGGAUGCUCUGGAGCCUGUUCAGUCUGACGAUGGAGAGAAAAUAGUGGUGCAGGGAGACCCUGGUGAUGACUUCUUCAUUAUCACAGAGGGAAUAGCCUCCGUUCUGCAGCGCAGGUCUGACAACGAGGAGUAUGUGGAGGUCGGACGCCUCGGACCCUCGGACUACUUUGGCGAGAUUGCCCUGCUCUUGAACCGUCCCAGGGCAGCCACCGUAGUCGCCCGUGGUCCCCUCAAAUGUGUGAAGCUGGACCGGCCCCGCUUCGAACGUGUGUUGGGCCCAUGCUCAGAGAUCCUCAAGAGGAACAUCCAGAGAUACAACAGCUUCAUCUCGCUGACUGUGUGACAGCCCGGCCCCUCCGGGCCCCACCAGCAGGGGUGGGCAACAUCAGCGCGGCAGUUUUGAUCAGUGGGUGGGAAGGGAUAAGGAUGUGGGUUUCAAGGACACGGGCUUUACAUCGACAGAAACAGGGCGCACAUUUCUUGCUUUCUUUUUUCAUUUUGCGCAUUUUUUUUUUUUUUGACCUUGUGCACUUUGACUUGACCUGUGCUGUCACGUAGCUUUAUGUCAUCAACACCAUUGCAGGAGUGUGAGAACCAGAGUGAGGACGGAGGUGGUUCACUUUGUUUUGUACACGAGUCUCACAGUGUGUGGACUGUAUGUGACGCAUGCUUCUAGACUGACAAAGACUGGCGCUUGCACUUUUUGUGAAUUUAUUGAAGGACACGGCUGAAUUCAGGAAAUAAGGAGGAAGUAGAAGUCAUGUUUACGUACAGCAGGGGGGAAGUGAGUCUCCAUUUCUUUGCACGCUGUGGUUUGCCUUUUUAUCACUUCUGAGUGUGUGUGUGUGUGCGUGUGUGUGUGUGUGUGUGUGUGUGGUGCUAUUUCUGGGUCAGAUAAGACCAGCACUACACACUAAAAUGUAGAUGUAGAGGUGUGAAGAAAACGUUCAUUUUUAGUCCAUCAUAAAUGUGCUUUUACUGCUGAUGGCACUGAUGUUUUGAUUUGAGUAUGUAGUGUGUGUGUGUGUGUGUGGCAUCUAGAUUUUUUUUUCUUUUCUAGCCCCUCUCUGUGUCAGUUUUUC